AAAAUGGAUACUCAAAAUAUUAUUGUUAAUGCUAAAGAAAGCAAAUAUUGUUCUCAUUGUAAAAAAACUAAACUAGUUAUUGAAUUUACAAAGCAGUCUGGGGGUAAGGCAGUAACAUUUGCCAAAUGUAAUCUUUGCAAUGAACAAAAUAAAAAAAGCAGACAAAAUGCUAGAGCCAUUAUUGCUGAAAGUACUUCAUCUUUAGCCCAAAGUAAGCAAAAUGCCAGAGCUGUUAUUGCUGAAAAUACUUAA